ACUACUACCACUCUACCAGUCCAGCAAGCUGAAGCAAGAGGCAACGAGCAUGAGCAGAAGCGCGUGCUCACUCAACGUCGGCUUCGUCGCCGGCGUCCUCUUUGUGCUCCUCGUCUAUUUCCUCGUCCAGCAGCAGGAGGCGAUCAGCAGCCUCAGCGUUGCCACUACGGCGGCAGUAUCACAAUGGAUGACGGAUAAACAGCUGAUCAAAGCCCCUGGUGAAAUACAACAGAUUAAAGCUACUGGUGAAAUACUUGUCGCUUCUGACGUGCAUCGGAUCGCGGACAAGCAGCCGACUCAAGAUCCAGUCGUCGCUUCUGACGUGGAGCCGAUCUUGGACAAAGAGCCGAUUCAUGAUUCAGAGAAAGGCGAGGUGGUGUGUACCACGGAGAGCGAGACCCUCGGUCACUCUGAAACCUGCGAAGUCGACGGCGACGUCCGCACCAACGGCACUGCCUUGUCGGUGUCCCUCGUCCCGGCGAGCUGGAAGGAGCGCCACGAGUGGAUGAUCUCGCCGUACUCGAAAGCGGAGAUCAUCGUCAAGAACGUCACCGUGACGCAGCUGCAGGACCGGGCCGCCGCCCCGCCGUGCACGGUGACCCACAGCAUGCCGGCCGUCCUGUUCGCAAUCGCCGGGCACGCGGGCAACUACUGGCAUGACUACACCGACAUUCUGGUGCCUCUCUUCGUCGCGUCGCGGCGGUACCGCGGCGAGGUCACGUUCCUGAUCAGCAACAUCCAGUACAGGCCGGAGUGGCUGGUCAAGUACGAGACCCUCUUGCGGGGGUUGUCCAGGCACGCCUGGGUGGGCAUGGACGGCGACCCGGAGGUGCGGUGCUUCCCGCACGUCACGGUGGGGCUCCGCGUCGACAAGGAGCUGACCAUUGUCCCCGAGCUGGUGCCGGGGGGACCCCUUUCCAUGGCGGACUUCACCCGGUUCCUGCACGAGACCUACGGUCUCCCACGCGGCGCCGCGGUCAGCCUGACCCGGGAGCCGGACAAGAAGCCGCGGCUGCUACUGAUCCACCGGGGGCACUACCGCCUGUUGUUGAACGAGCCGGAGAUAGCGCAAGCGGCGGAGGCGGCGGGGUUCGAGACAGUGGUGAUGGAGCUGCGGGCCAACGCGUCCGAGACGGAGCAGGCGCGGCUGGUGAACUCGUUCGACGUGCUGCUGGGCAUGCACGGCGCCGGGCUGACGAACGCGUUGCAUCUGCCGCCGGGUGGCGUGCUGAUCCAGGUGGUGCCGUACGGGAACAUAGAGAGCAUCGCGAGGGCGGAGUUCAGCGAGCCCGUAACGGACAUGGGGCUCAAGUACCUCGAUUACAGCGUGAGCGUGGAGGAGAGCUCGCUGCUGGAGACGUUGGGGCCCGAGCACCCGGCGAUCAAGGACCCCGACUCCAUCCACCGCAGCGGCUGGACCAACACGUUUGAGUUCUACCUCGCUAAGCAGAAUGUCCGCAUCAACACCACCCGCUUCGCGCCAACCCUGGCGCAAGCGUUCGACCACCUACGCCAGCAGUAGGGGGCAGAGAGAAGAAUGUUCUUCCUUUGUGUUAGAAAAAACGCGAAUAUAUCAUUGUAGAAAGAAAAUGAGAGAGACGAUAUUUGUUAAUAAGGUUCACCAUCACUAGACACUCUUUCACAUGUACUAAAUCAACAUGGUAAGAUCGGUGUCAAGUCGGUUGAGGUCAUCAGACACAUCUCGGCCAGCACCACGGCCGGACCAGGCACCCCUUGCCCCAUGGACACUCGGACCGUCUCCUU